GAAAACUUGAUAUGUAGGUGUCGAAAAAAUAAACAGACAACGUUACUCCAGCAGGAUCUUCUUGUUUAGAUUUUGAACAAUUUUAGAAGCCCGGUGGUUUUGGAUAGUACGUCAUUCUCCACAACUCGUGUUUCAGAGGUUGGGACUACUUCAGGCUCGUCUUUAGGACAUUAAUGUUGAAAAUCAGUAGCCGGAACAGAUUUGUCAUACACUUCUAAUAUUACUUAGAAACCGAAAAUUCCCUACUUAUGACUCGUGACUCUAACCCUCAGUCCUCCACUAACGAACGUCUUCAAAGUAUAGACACAUCCAAAUGCAAUUUCUUUACACAGUUUCCUUUGUCUAAAGAAACAUUGAAGGGGUUAAAAUUGUCAGGUUACACAAAGCCUACUGCAAUUCAAAAGCUAGUCUUAAAACCUGCCCUUCUUGGACAAGAUGUGGUUGCUGAAGCACCUACUGGUAGUGGCAAGACGAUUGCUUUUGCAAUCCCUGUGCUUGAACUUCUUCAUCAAAGCAAAGUUUCCAUGUUUGAUGGUCCGGUCGCCAUAAUUUUAACACCAACUCGCGAAUUAUCAAGACAGAUUUUCAGCGUAUUUGCCAAAAUUGCUCGUGAACACCACUUCACUAUGAUGAACAUUAUGGGCGGCAAAGUCUCGGCUUUAAAAAAUCAAGAAUGGAAUAGUAUAUCACGAGCAAAUAUUCUAAUUGGAACUCCUGGUCGAAUGGCUCAACAUCAAACAGAAAAUUCUCUUCUUGAUAUGUCUAAUUUAAAAUUACUUAUAUUAGAUGAAGCCGAUAGAUUAUUAGAUCCAACAUUUCGUGAUGAUUUAGAAGUGAUACUUCAAAAUUUAACUCCUGAUCGACAAACUUUAUUGUUUUCAGCCACUUUAACAAAGGCUACAGAUCAACUUAUUCGUCUUAGUAUGCGUAAUCCAAUAACUGUAUCAGUCAAUAAUAAUAUUAACAGUACUAAUAAUAGUACAACUUUAUCAAAUGAAUUACACACACCAUCUGAACUACUUCAAUAUUAUGCCAUAGUUCCAUUAGAACAAAAGUUGGAUACAUUGUGGACAUUUCUCCAAAGUCAUUGUAAGAAGAAGAUCAUCGUGUUUUUUUCAACACAAAAACAGGUUCGAUAUGCAUAUGAAUUAUUUCAAUUGCUUAGACCAUAUUUUAAAAUUUUACAACUUCGUGGUAAUAUGAAUCAACAAAAACGUUUUCAAGUUUAUGAUCGCUUUGCUAAUUCUCCACAUGGUUCCGUUCUGUUAGCUACUAAUUUAGCUGAACGAGGUUUAGAUUUUCCAAAUGUCCAUUGGGUUGUACAAUUUGAUUGUCCGCAUUUUACUGAAGAUUAUGUACAUCGUAUUGGUCGAACUGGACGAAAUGGACAAAUAGGUCGAUCAAUUUUAUUUCUAUUACCAUCUGAGCAAAAUUUAAUUCAUAUACUUGCUAAACAUUCUGUUGUAUUAAAAUUAGUAAAAUUUCCUGAAUCAAAGUUACAACGAAGAGUUUCUAAAGAAUCAUCAAGUUUAUUAGCACGUAAACUGGAAUUAACUCAAUCAGCACGAUUAGCAUUCACUGCUUAUCUACGCGAUUAUUGUUUAAUGGCUAGACGAAAUCCAACUAAACAAAAACAACAACAACAACAAUCUAAUGAAUUAUUGAAUGUGUUCAAUGCAAAAGAUCUACCUGUAGAAAAAUUUGCUAAUUCACUUGGUUUACCAUUCAUAUCAUCACUUCCAAAAGAAUACAUUCAACUUGUUCCAGAUUCAGUUAAAUUGAUUAAAUCUUUCCCAUCAGUUAUAUCAAAUUUAUCUGAUGAUAAUGUCAAUCAAUUAUCGACUACUACUGCUACUACUGAUAACGUGUUCAGUUCAAUGAAGAUGGAUUUACCUCAUUCAACACAGUUGAUAACAUCAAACACUGAUAAUAAUGUUGAUGAAAAUGAUAUUAAUAUGGAUAGUGAUGAUAAUUUAUUGAUUAAAAAAUCUUCAUUCAAUGUUAUGCCGAAUGAAAUUAAAUUAAAACGUCUAGAUCUUGUUCAAGAUACAAGUACAGAUGAUGAUACAAUAGAAGAUGAUCAACACAGUAGGAAAUCUGUAAAUAAAUUGAAAAAAUUAAGUCGUAUUCAAUUAGCAAAGAAAGAAUUAAAACAAAAGAUUCGGUCUCAUCGAAAAUUAGAAUUCGACGAUGAAGGUCAUGUAAUAUGCGAGAAAAUCGGUGAUAUCCCUGUUGCUAAACCUCCAAUACCUAUUGAUAAUCAAAUUGAGACAACAAUUACAUCAAAUGAAACAUUAAACAUUGAUCAAGAACGUCGUUUAUUACAUGAAAUUAUAGAUAAAGAAGAUAAGAAAUUAUGGAGACAACGUAUUCGUCAACGUCAUCAAGCUGAACGUAAAAAGUUGAAAGAGGAAAGAAAAAAAUUAUCACAAUCGAAUGGUCCAAAAAUUUCGUUGAAAGAAAAUUCAUCAGAUUCAAGUGUUGAAGAUGAAUCAGAUUAAUUUAAUUAAAUGACAAGUUGUAUACAUACAAAUUGUACUCCAGAUCCAAUUUAUGUAAAAAAAGAAUUACAAAGAUAAUCUCUAUUUACCAAUCCAUUCAAAGAAGAAAAACACUGAUCAAUGAUAAAUGAAUUAACAUUUUUCUGACAUUUGUCAAUAUUGUAAAUAAACUUAUGAAAAACAA